AUGACGUCACCUUCAGGUGUAAAAAGGCCGCUCAAAGUGUCCAGCGGCAAUCCUCAGGCACAGAACGCGCCGGCAAAACGCGUCAGGCACAAGAGCUCAAGCAAAACGAGCACGGCGGUCUGGGAUGUGACUGGCCGCUACACCCUUUGCUGUGCAAACAAGUACCAGCCCGUGGAUGCUAACGACUACGUUCUAGAUAUGCGUUAUACGCAUACUAGCUCCCAUACGUGUCAGCUAUAUGCCUUCUUUAAUUUCCCAAAUCUGAAUCUUACUGGUAGAAUGCGAUUAUGCCCGAAGAACGCAAUCGCGUCAAGUUCUAACGGCAAACUAUUUCUCUCCAAUUUUGAGGCAGCAUGUGAAUUGGCUGAGGAUGUGAGACCAGGCCCGAAAUCAAAAGAGUGGUUGAUGAGGUGGCGCGGCGAGGAAGACGGCUUUAGGUUAGGCGGGGAGACUCGAGCACAAGGCCAAUUCCUGUUCGAAGAGGAAAAUGGCCCCAAGAUACGCAUCAAGUUCGCCAUGGUGCACAAGGGCAAGCAUUUAAUCCUAGAGGGGACGCAGCAAGAUACGAGUCCCGAGAGUGAUGAGGAUAAAGUUGCUGCCGAAGACCCGACGGCGCAAACUGAUGCGUCCCGGAUGCUAGAGGAUUGGAAGCAGCUCUACGAGCCUUUGUGGGAGCAGAAGUCCCCUUCGGAUACUGAGGAAGACGAGCGAGAGUUGUUGGCGCUGCAAGAUGCUGGCGCACCCCUGCCCAAACCUCACAACAAAUGGGAAAAUCCUCGUACGGGAAGGGUCAUUUCGACGAAGAACAAACCUGGUCCGAUCCCCGGAUUUAUAGUCAACGCGGCUGCGACGUCACGCUAUCUUGAAGAGCUCCCCGAUUGGGCUUGGAAUGUCAUGGGAAAGUAUGAGAUCAGCACCAUCGGACUAACUAAGGCUUUGGGCGUGUCCGAAGGCAAGCCUCUGGCUAUGACCAUGACGGUCCAGAUGGAUAAUAAUGCGAAGCACCAAAAAGCCGGGCGACAGCUCUGGGCUACGAUCGAAGUUGGUGAUUCACUUGCUCUCGCACGUUUUCGACCGAGUCCUACGCCUAAUGGUUUAUUAGAAGACUCCUUGGAAGUCUUCGAGAAAGCUUGCGUCCUGAAGCCGGGGGUAUGGGUUGGCCCCAAGCCGCAAGGAACUCAAAACUGGGAGAUGCGUUGGAGGGGGUUCUCGGACGCUAGCUUGCAGACGAUGGCAGAGGAUGCUAUAGGGUCGGAAGUUAUAUUCACCAAAGAUGACCAGGGGAAACUAAUAUUUAGAGGCAAGAUGAUAGUUAAAGACGAGAGCUUUCUCGUGGUGGGAACCUGUGUUGCGCCUACGGAAGAGAGGCGCCCCAGCGCUCCUACAGUGAACACCGAAUGGGCAAAGUAUCUCAAGGGGAAACCUGCUAUAAAAAUACGGAGGCAUCCGGAACAUAUCAUUGUCCUAGAUAAAUACUGUCAAUCCACGCUAAUAUGA